UCUUAGCCUCUCCUCUACCACCCCACUCUCCGCCCCUCCCCUAAAGGAAUCUGAUCGUACUAUCACCAUAUCAAACAGUAGAUCUUCACCUGUCCCACUGUUUUUUUUUUUUUUUUUUCUCUCAUAGUCUACAAAGUUCAAAGCUCUUCUCUUCAUCCUUUGUCUUUCAAUCAACUCCUUCUGACUUCUUUGUCUCUCUGUCUCUUCCCUUCUCCGCUUCUUUCUCAACUGUUUCAAGAACAAAAAGGUGGUUUAAACAUGUUGAAAUCAGCAGAACUCCCAGAAUGUUUUUACCAAAACAAGCCAACCUUAAUCAGUCCGAACACCCCAACCCCAAAGCAUUCCUUGUAUCUCUCCAACCUUGAUGAUCAAAAGUUCCUUAGAUUCUCCAUUAAAUAUCUCUACCUUUUCAAGAAAUCUGUUAGCCUAGAUAUCUUGAAACAUUCUCUCUCCAAAGUUCUUGUAUAUUACUACCCAUUAGCUGGGAGGUUAAGGACAUGCAGCCUUGACGAUCAGAAGCUGGAGAUUGAUUGCAAUGGUGAAGGAGCUGUCUUUGCUGAAGCUUUCAUGGAGAUCACUUGCGAUGAGUUUCUUGAGGUUUCCUGGAAACCAAACACGUCUUGGAGGAAGCUCCUUUACAGGGUUGAAGCUCACUCUUUCCUUGAUAUACCUCCUCUUGUAGUUCAGGUAACGAAUCUUCGCUGUGGAGGUAUGAUCCUCUGCACCGCUAUUAAUCAUUGUAUAUGUGACGGCAUUGGCACAUCCCAGUUCCUGCACGCUUGGUCCCACUUGGUCACUAGCCCAGCACUUGAUCUUCCCAUUUUACCCAUCCACUCCCGGCACGUGUUGAAACCCCGAGAUCCUCCUCAAGUUACCCAUACCCACCUCGGAUAUACCAGAAAUAACCUCAAAGACUGCAAUGGCCACGUGGACAUCAGCCAGUAUUUACAGUCCCAGCAACUGGUGCCAACAUCCUUAACCUUCACCACCUCCCACGUCCUUCGGCUCAAACGACAGUGCGUUCCAUCCCUCAAAUGCACCACCUUCGAGGCACUGGCCUCGCACACGUGGCGCUCGUGGGUUCGAUUCUUGGGCAUGUCCCCUUCACUUAACGUCAAGCUCCUGUUUUCCGUCAACGUUAGGAAAAAAUUAAAUCCGGAAAUGCCGCAGGGCUAUUACGGGAAUGGAUUUGUUCUCGCUUGCGCUGAGAGCGCGGUAAAAGAUUUAGUCACCGCGAAUUUACACCACGCGGUAAACUUAAUCCAGCAAGCCAAAUCGAGUUUAACCGAUGGUCAUGUGAGGUCAAUGAUUGAUUUGUUGGAGGACAAAAAUGUCAAAACGGAUACUUCUUUGAGCUUGGUAAUUUCUCAAUGGGCUAGGUUGGGGUUAGAGGAUUUAGAUUUCGGGGAAGGGAAGCCUUUGCAUAUGGGCCCUUUGACAAGUGAUAUUUACUGCUUGUUUUUACCGGUGGUAGGUAAUUUUGAUGCGGUAAGAGUGCAAGUUUCAGUGCCAGAGUGUAUGGUUGAAAAGUUUGAGUAUUACAUGAAGGAGGGUCUUGAUACAGAAGAAAAUGGAGAUAUAAAUGGGUUUCAUAAUGGAGAACAAAAUGGGUUAAUUUGAAGAAGCUGCUUCAAAGUUUUUUUUUUUUUUUUUUUACUUUCUCUGGUAAUAAUGAGAGAAAUUACUGUAAUUUCAGUAUCUUAAGGUGAA